UACAAAUAAUGUCUUUCACAACCAUCUAGGGUUAUUCCCAGUGCCGAAAUACUAAGAAAUAGGUUCAGUCUGUAUUGGUGAGUUUGUGAUGUUCAACCAUGGAUGAAGAGGACAGUCAGGAUGAGUUAAUUAAGAGGAAUGCAUCUCACGGAAAGGGCAAAAGACCGGCAUCCUCCAUCCUCUCAGAUGAAGAAGACAACUCAGAGGAUGGGGAGGAAUUUGAAGAUGGAGAGUCUGACAGUGAGGAAGAGGAUGAGGACAACCCUGAUGAAGAGGAGGAUGAGGAGGGAGAGGAGGAGGAAGAUGGUAGUGAACAUGAAGAAGGUGAGAAAGGCCUGGAGGGUGCUGUAGGGGGUGUGGCCGCUGACCUGGCAGAUCUGAGCUCUGACGAGGACUCAGAGAAAUGCCCCAUUUGCCUGAACUCCUUCCACGAGCAAGCAGUAGCAACACCCGAAAGCUGUGAACACUACUUCUGUCUUGACUGCAUUAUGGAGUGGUCAAAGAAUGCAAACUCCUGUCCUGUGGAUCGGAUAGCCUUCAAAAACAUCUGUCUAAGAAAAUGUUAUGGUGGGAAAGUCAAGAAAAUGAUUGCAGUUCAGAAGCCAGUUAAAGCAGGUCAGGAGGAGCAGGUGGACAUUGAUUUAGAGCAGACCAGUUGUGAGGUGUGUGGAGGAAGUGACCGAGAAGACCGCCUCUUGCUGUGUGACGGUUGUGAUGCAGGGUACCACAUGGAGUGUCUGACACCACCCUUGGACUCUGUACCUGUGGAGGAAUGGUUCUGUCCAGAAUGUGCAGCCAACAACCGUAACACAGGGGUUGGUUCUGGUGCAGACGAAGCUCUUCCCACCACAAGCCAUUCCCAGCCACGCCCAUCCCGCCCCACCCGGGCCAUCGCCAGAACUCAGCAAAGCGAGAGGGUCCGAGCCAGUGUCAACAGACACCGCAUCACACAGGCACGCAAUGCACAGAUCGCUCCAAGGUAUCUGAUGCAGAACACCUGGCUAGAUGAAACCAUUAAUGCAGUCGUUGCAGGACUGAACACAGCUGUGUAUGUGCGUGAUCUGACGCCACGUUCCAGAUCCCGCAGAAGAAGAAGGACAGUUAAAAAAAGGAAAAGCAAAGCUAAGUCCUCGUCUUCUGCUGGGGCCAAAACAGCUGCCACAGGAGUGAAGAGACGGAAACGAAGAGUGAAAAGGGGGAAAUCCAGAAGGAAAUUGGUUUUGAAGAAGGAAUCAUCAUCUCGUAGCCGCAUUGCAAAGAGUCUUGGCAUCAAGAAACCCAAGCGAGGAUCAUCCCUUCCUUCUGUAUUCCGCCCCACUGAACACACCUUAGGCAGCAUGCGGGUGGACAUUGGAGCUGCUUCGCUUUCUGUUUAUGGCGACCCCUUUGACCUUGACCCUUUUGAGGAUGGGGAGGAGGAGAUGCAGGCUCAUACACCAUCAUCUCUGCUGGAUGAAAAGAGACGUGGUCUUUCUCGGUCUGCCCUUCGAUCUCACCAACCCGUGGCCAGGCCCAUCCCUGCUGGUCUUGCUAGGCAAGGCCUCAGUAUCCCUCAGGUAGAGGAAGUGGCAGAGGCUGCCCCUGUCCCUGACCUACUGGGCAGUAUCCUGAGUGGCCAGAGCAUGCUCCUGAUGGACAGCUCUGAUGUAGUCAUCAACAGAGAUGGCUCUCUGAAAGCCACAAAACCUGUGUCUUUACCGUCACCAAGGAACUGCCUGUCGACAAGCUCCAGUUCAGGGGAAACAGGGAGCACCUCGGCCUCUGGAGCAAGUGUUUUUCAAUCCAGCAGAGAGGCUGGUCUCUCUUCCUGUACCUUGAUCCGACAGCCCUCAACACAGAACUCAUCGACUUCAUGCUCCCCUCCGGCACCACUACCGUCCUCACAUCUGCCUACUCAUCCCCCUCACUUGCCGCAACCUACCCCAGCACAUCCGCGCUUGCAGUCUCCUUUGCCACCUAGACCAAGCCCGUCAAAUGUGUUAGGCCAUGGACACAGCCAUUGGAGCGUCAAUGGAGUAAGAGGCCAAGCUCCUACCAGGGUUACAAAUGGCACACUUGAAUCUCAAUACAGAGGGAGGGACAGCACAAGUCCCCAUCCACUGCCUAAAAAGCCACCUCCCAAGCCGGUCUGGGUGGAUGUGUCUGUGUUACCAAGGAUACCAAAGAUUAAGCGAGAGCCCAGUGCCCAUACAGAUGCCAGAAGUGGCAAUACUACGAACAAUCUUCCAGGCUCUUCUAUUAAUAGCCUGGCUGGAGAUAGGAGCCGGCAACACACUGUUGACCAGCAAAGUGCAGGUGCAAGUCAGCAGGGGCAGACAAUGGGCAGUCAGAGACAGCGCUUUGAUAGACCUGGCCCCUCUUCUUCUUUUUCUAGUUCCUCCGCUUCUCCAUCUGGAUCACUGUCUAAUGAUCAACCAUCACCUUCAUCUUCCACUGUGAGUUUUCGUAUUAAUGCCAGUGGAAAUUCGUGGCACACACGACGACUAGCUACGCCUGGAGUUUCACGCAUGAGCUGUAACUCUACUGAGCUCAGUCAAGAUGAAAUCUUAAAGAAGAAUCAUAGGAGUAAGCAGAUAUUGUUGGCAUCGCGGUCAAAGGCUAAAAAGCCAUCAGAGAAUGAGGUUUAUGACCCUUUCAAUCCUACUGGAUCAGAUUCCAACUCUUCUGACAGUGAACUGGAAAGUGAAGCACCUAAUCCCACAGUUCAGGAUGCUAGUUCUGGGCUCCCAGGACAUAGAGGAAUUGACGGUGAUCAGGUUAAAUCCGAACCAAUGGAUCUAGAAUCAUCAGAAGGGGAAGACACCUCAGGGAUAUCUGGUCAAAUUAAAAAAGAAUCAGAUCUUCAGCUCACAUUGGAUUCUUCUAGUUCACACCUUUUACAAGGCUCUCCCGUGGCAGUGUCGGAUACUGAACACUGUAGAGGUCCUGAAAGCACUCUAAAGAAAAAAGAUUUCUCCAGCCCACCCUCUAGCCAUUAUUGUGACAAGGAGAUCAAGACUGAAGUAAAAUCUGAGCCUGAGGAUGGCUCUUCGGAGAACAAAAAUGAAUGUAGUGCCACCAUGCAUCUUCAAGAAGAUCAGCAACAAGCCUUCAAAAUCACUGAUCCGUCUGAUGGUUACCCAUCGGUCCCCAGAAAUUCUGAGGCUGUUAAGAGAGAGAAUGAACCUGAAAAGGUAACUCAGCGCUCUCACACUAAGGAGAGGAGAUCACACUCUCGCUCCCAGAGCCCUUCUUCCAAAUUUCCAGAGAGGACACAUAAGAAGAUGAAAAGCUCACAGCUGAAAGACAAGAGGCGAUCUCGUUCCAGAUCAAAAGACAGAAGAAGCUCUCGUUCUAGGUCCAGGGAACGAAGACGAUCUCGUUCUCACUCUAAAGAAAGACGACGAUCCCGAUCAAGAUCAAAAAACAGGAGACACACUCGCUCAAGAUCAAAAGAAAGGAGACGCUCACGUUCGAAAGAUAGGAGGAGGCAUUCUCGUUCUAGCAGUCGGGAAGGUUCCAGGAGGAGAAGGAGCAGAAAAGAGAGCAGUGAGCGGACCCAUAGCAGAGGUAGAGAAAGGCACAAGUCCAGAGAGAAAAGACUCUCUCAGUCUCGCUCACGGUCCAGGUCUAGGUCCAGUGAUAGGAAGAGAGACCGAGUGUCAUUGCAUCAAUCCUCAUCAUCAUCAUCAUCAAAAGAUGCAAAUGAGUCUAGAUCAAAAAAGCAGAGAUCCAGAUCACCAUCCAGAGACAAAAGAAAAGAGGGAACAUCACAUGGCUCUCAUGACAGAGAAAGAAACUCUCGUAUAUCUAUAAAUUAUUCGAACAAGGAAUCAAAGGAGUCCAACGUAGGUUUAAAUAAAAAUGACCCUUCACUUGAGAUGGCUAUAGUGAAGAGUGAGGCAAUCAAAAGUGAAUGUGAAGGGAUACUUUCUAUUUCUUCAAUCAAAGAGGAGCCAGAGCCUUAUGAUAUAGGCACCCCAGAGCCUUCAAUAUCGGUAGAAUUAUCCAAAGAACCUGAAGCAAUUAAGCAAGAGAGUAACUCUUCACUCAGUGCAUUAAACACAUCAUGCCAAAUCAAAGAAAUUAAGAAAGAAACAAAUUGGUGUAUGGAUGUGGCCAAAGAACCACAACAGCUUGAAGAAAUCAAGAAAGAGAAGGUGCCCUUUGGAAAUGUCUCAAAAACAUCCCAAGAAAUUGAUAAAAUUAAAUAUGCCGAACAGACUCCAACCUGCUCGCAGGAUGAGAAAAGAAAGGAAGAUCAAAAUGUUCAAGAACCAAAAAAAGUUCAGAUAGAGACUAUAUGGCCUGACGAGACUGAUCAGCUGUCUUACAGUGAUAGUCCUCUUGUUAUUGAUGAAGAUCUCUCUAGGGAGGCUUGCCAGAGUGUUGAGCAAGUAAUCUGUUUUCAGGAGAAGAAUAUCUCAAAUCAAAUGUCCACUGAUUCAAAAAAGGUUAUGAAGAUAGAACCACUUCCAUCAACAGCAAUAAUCAAGCAGGAAACUGUGGAGGCCUCAGACGAUGAAGACAUCAAUGUGGAUUAUUUGAUUGACAACUUAGAUUUCAUCAAGAGUGAAAUGAAGGAGAGCACAGUAACAAAUACAGCAGGUGUUGUUACAGUUGACUCUGUGUCUCUUAAACAAGAGGAGCCAAGUGGAGGAAAACUGGAGAAAGAAUCUAUAAGCAUAAGUGGUACCAAGUCUAAAUCCCAGGGAAAGAGAGUUACUUGGAAUUUGCAGGAGCCAGAGGGGCCACAACCAGUAAAAAGCAGCAAACUUGCCCUCUUUAAGCUGAAACUAAAGCAGGAAGGGUCCCGAAAGUCGGUCUCCACCACACAAACCGCCAACCAGGAUGGUGGCUCAGCAUUUGCUGUAACCCCAACCACACCCACGAGCAUCAAUCAUUCUGACCUGGAGGAGAAGACUGAUUCAGAUCAGGGUGGAUCCAGAGCCCAUAGGGAUAAGAUUCUACAGGAUCCACACCAAAAAGAUAAGUACAUGAAGAAACUCCACAUGCAGGAACGGGCUAUAGAGGAAGUAAAAUUGGCUAUCAAGCCCUUCUAUCAGAAAAGAGACAUCACAAAGGAAGAGUAUAAGGAGAUUUUACGUAAGGCUGUUCAAAAGGUGUGCCAUAGUAAAAGUGGAGAGAUCAACCCAGUGAAGGUCGCUAACUUGGUAAAGGCAUAUGUGGAUAAGUAUAAACAUGCGAGGAAACACAGGAAGGGGCCAGAGGACAAUGUACAGAACCAGGAGGCAGAUUGCCCUAAAGACAUUGAGACCCCUGGCUGA